AUGGAGAUGAUCGCAGUGAAAUCAGCUAUGAGCCAAUUAGGAAGCCGUAGUCGCGUGUGCAUGAUUGAAGGUGAUCAUCAUGCUUGGGCUAAUAAGUGCGUCAAGAGGAGGCGAAGAUCAGAUCCCUCUGCAACUGCUGCAAUAAGCUGCAUUAAUAAUAAUAAUAAUAAUCAAGGGGACCAACCACAGAAGCAAGCACAAGCUGAACAAUCCACUACUACUACCACUACCAGUACUGGCGUGAAAAGAAGUUCAAGAUUUCGUGGAGUCAGCAGGCAUAGAUGGACUGGACGUUUUGAAGCUCAUUUAUGGGAUAAGGGGUCCUGGAAUCCAACCCAGAGGAAGAAGGGAAAGCAAGUGUACCUAGGAGCUUAUAAUGAAGAAGAAUGUGCUGCAAGAGCAUAUGAUUUGGCUGCCCUCAAGUAUUGGGGAACAUCAACUUUUACCAAUUUCCAGGUAUCUGAUUAUGAGAAAGAAAUUGAGAUAAUGGGGACUGUAACAAAAGAAGAAUACUUGGCCACUUUAAGAAGGAAAAGCAGCGGUUUUUCAAGAGGUGUAUCCAAGUACAGAGGAGUUGCAAGGCACCAUCAUAAUGGGAGAUGGGAAGCAAGGAUAGGGAGGGUGUUUGGAAACAAAUAUCUCUACCUUGGCACUUACAGUACUCAAGAGGAGGCUGCUCAUGCUUAUGAUAUAGCCGCAAUAGAAUACAGAGGGAUUAAUGCAGUAACCAACUUCGACCUGAGCACAUACAUCAGAUGGCUGAGACCAAGUCCCAAUUCUCUUGCUUCCCAAGAACAAAAGUUAAGCAUAGAGUCUCAGCCUAUGGGAGUUUUCUAUAACCCCACUUCAAGCAAGGGACCAUCCGAGCACUCCAAUUCCUUAACCAGAGAUGGAUUGGUCACCCUUAGAAAACAGGACGUUUUCCAAAGUGAGAAACCCAUUAGUCCUUGCACCUCUUCAUCGUCCCCAACUGCACUUGGCCUUCUCCUAAAAUCUUCACUAUUUAAAGAGCUCAUGGAGAGGAAUUUGAAUGCCAAUGAAAAAGAAACUGAAGCGGAUGAGACAAAGUUGCCUCUGUAUACAGGAAUUGACAAUGAAGUUGGGGGGAACUUCUGGCAAUGA